AUGUCUCUCCAUCACACAUUUGCCACUCAUUGUGAGGUCCAAGCCGCUGCCGAAAUAUACCCGUACCAUCUGGUCGUAUAUUAUAAUGGCGAGAUAAUUAUUCAGCCUGAUGAGUAUGAGCAGGGAAAGCCCAUACUUCGAUUUAAAUGUUCUGGACCCAUGAUGAGUGCCCACUUUGAACCUCUUUGUCCUCGACAUAAUCCUGCUGCUUCAACAGCUUUUGCUAACCAGGCCACAUGCCCUCCGCUUGGUUCUGAAAACUCAAACGUUAUUGAACAAACUGCUCAGGACCAAUCUGACGACGAUAUUCCACUGAUGUAUUUGUUACAAUCUGCUAAACGCGGUUUGAUCGUGACGUCCACCGAUAUAAUUUCUUCUUCGUCUUCUGAGAUGACAGCAGUUGAUUCAGCAAUAGAAAAUGUGCUGGAGGGUCAAGAAUUCAAAGUUGUUAUUCGUGCAGAUAGGAAACCUUCAGGUGAACAUAAAGGUCGCUUCAACACGCCAGCAACAAGUGAGGUAGCUAUGGUUAUUGUUAGCCAGGAGUUUAAUAAGAGAGACAUAAUUCUUUACAGCAGAAACACACAACUGGUGCGGAUAAGCGAAACGCAUCGAUCUUACGACGCUCUCCAAUACCCUCUUGUGUUCUGUCGUGGUGAAGACGGUUACUCUAUCAACAUUCCACAACGUGAUCCGACAUCUAACGUACCUCUCAAGAAAACUAUAUCAGCUUCAGAUUUUUAUGCUUACAAAAUAAUGGAAAAACAAGGUGAUGAAAAUUACUUAUUGCUGUACCGUAGCCUUUUGAACCAGUAUUUGGUAGAUACGAGUAUGCACGUAAAAAUAGAAACGGAAAGGCUGAAUUUUAUAAGAUUUAACCAGUGUAAGCUGAGAGCCGAAAUCUAUGUCCAUCUUAAAGAUGCCAUGUGUAAGGGGGAUAGUAACGCAUCAGAUAUAGGUCAGAGAGUCGUGUUGCCAUCUAGUUUUACUGGUAGACCGCGCUAUAUGCAUGAGAGAACGCAGGACGCCAUGACAUAUGUUCGUCACUACGCUCGUCCUGAUUUGUUUAUCACAUUUACGUGUAACCCGAAAUGGACUGAGAUUGGAGCUGCAUUGAAGGACGGUCAAAAACCUCAAGAUAGGCAUGACAUCAUAGCCCGAGUGUUCAAUUUAAAAGUAAAAAAAAAACUUAUUAAUCUUUUAACCAAAGGUUCCAUUUUUGGCCAGAGAUACAAAGCACAAACUGACAGUGUCAUUAGUGCUGAGGUUCCCGAUCCUGGAGCUGACCCUGAACUAUUUGAAAUUGUUAAAUCUACAAUGAUUCACGGCCCUUGUGGAAACUUGAACAGGAACUCGCCUUGCAUGGUUAAUGGCACAUGCUCCAAAAGUUACCCGCGUCCCUUGUGCAAAGAAACACAAACUGCUGACGAUGGCUACCCCCAGUACCGCCCUGCUGAUGGUAGUUUUACAGGCAACAUAAACGGGGUAGACCUAGACAGUCGGUGGGUUGUGCCGUAUAAUCCUGUUCUGACACGUACCUUUCUAGCACAUAUUAACGUGGAGCUGUGUAAUUAUGUCAAGUCUAUAAAGUACAUUUGCAAAUAUGUAAACAAGGGCAGUGAUCAAGCCGCUUUUGUUUUGGAAAAUGAGAGAGAUGAAGUGUCCAGUUAUGAAGCAGGCCGGUACAUCAGUUGUUCUGAAGCGGCAUGGCGUAUAUUUUGCUCCACAAUCCAUGAGCGAUAA